CCCACAUGGAAUUUUCCACGCCUCAAUCAUGCAGGUCAUUGGCUUGGGCACUGCACUAUCUACUAUACAUGAAACAGACUUGCUCAAUUGAUCCAAGCGCAGGAUUCACGUGGGGUACCAGCCUCUAGCCAUGCACCCUGUUUGCUUGUUACUUGCAGAUCUCCGGCUCGGACUCCGUUUAUCAGCGUGGUUCAUGAAUGGCAGGUAGGGAUCAAGGACACUAAUCAAUAAACUAAUCGACACCGCUUCUGCAGUGAGUAUUUUGGAUGGAGCAAUGGGCACGCCAUGGGCACGCCCGACUCUUAGUGGAGGUGCUAAUUCAGACCCUAAUGCGGGAUCCGUGCCCGAGGUGACAUCGCGCUCUGUUCCUCGGCAGGACGGGCAGCAGUCUUGUGCCUUUUGCUUAUGCUUUUCAGGUUAGAUACUAUAGACCCUAUCAACUAUAUGGAUUCGGUGGGGAUCCGGCAGCGAACAAGGUCGGUCCUGUCUCGUAUUCGACGCCUUUAUCCACCAUGCGCCCGGAGCUGCUUCCUAAUAAAUAGCUCGAAUAUGUGUGAUUUCUGCCAUAUUAGUCGUGAAGUAGAUCCGUCUAUGUUUCAACUGACCUCAACCCAUGUUUUGUAUCGUCUUCAUCGCACCAUCGACUGCGGUGUGCGGCCACAAUGGGAUCCUUAGAUAUCCCGCUUGAAGAAGUCCCCGUUUAUAUCGGAGACCGGCUACUGAUCUUCACUGCUCUCUUCGUGCCUCUUCAAAUAUUCUGCGUUGCUCUGCGAUUUAUUUCUAGAUACAAGGUUCGGACACCAUGGGGCUUGGAUGAUGCUGUGAUCUUGUUUGCGCUUGCUCAGCAGAUGGGUAUGGCAGGCAUCAGUAUAGGUGCUGUUAAAUUCGCUGGCGUCGGACACCAUAUCCCGUGGUUACUGGUGAAAGACCCAGCCAGUCUGAGGAUCUGGGCGAAGUAUCUCCUCGCUCUGUCGUUUCUCUAUUUAGGAAGUGUCAAUCUUCCAAAGUUCUCCAUCCUGUUACUGUAUUAUAAGCUCUUCCCAACCAGGAAGAUGAGAGCAAUGGUAAAAUUCAUGAUGGUGGUCCUGGUUCUCAUCACCAUAGCUACAAUCGCUGGCACGAGCCUCGUCUGUCGACCGUUCUCCGCUAACUGGGAUGGCUCUAUCCCUGGCAACUGUGGCAACAAGAAAGUUCUUUACAUCUGGGCCAGUUUCCCCAAUAUUGUGACCGAUGUUAUCCUACUUCUUCUUCCAAUGCCAGUGUUGUGGUCACUUAAUGUCAGUCAACGCUUAAAAGUCGGGCUGACAAUCACGUUCGCAGUAGGCAGCAUAGGAUUAGUUACCUCAGUUAUACGCUUCCAGAUCUUUUUCCGAAACAAUGCCUUUCUGGACGGGACCUGGGUAGCUGUUGAACUCAUAAUUUGGACCCAAGUCGAGACCGGGGUUUACCUCAUAUCUGCCUGUCUACCCACAUAUAGACCACUCCUUGAACAUGUCGGAUCUAGCAGGGUAGUUUCUAAGCUCAGUCGCUCGAUGUCUCGACGAGGGACGGGGACGAGCGAGACGCGGGACACCCUGCCAUUACACUCGGUGACUGCUGUGGGCCAACCUUACUAUCGCAGCGACGAGGUAUAUGCUGGCUACAAUCCACAUCAGAAGUUUGAAGUCACCGUGAGCCACGAAAUCUUCCAGCAUACUGAACCCCAACGGAUGUACAGUCGCCUUUGAGCCUGGCGCUUUUGGCCGAAACAUGUAUGUCUAUUAUCUAGUAAAUGGUACU